AUGCGCAUGCAAAUUCAGGUAUUGCCAUGGCAUAUCCAAUUGCAGUAGAAAGUUCUAUCCAUCUAAACCAUUUUCCUAUAAUAGUUGUUUAAGCAAUCAAUAGAUUUUCUGAAGCUGUACCAAAAAUAAUCCUACCAACAAAAAUUUACCAAAAAAUGUAAAUAUAAACCGCCAAAUGAUAUGACUAGUUACGUAAUCACAAUAGUCAGAUCAAAUCCUAUUAAUGCCGUUCUAACUCCUUAACAUCAUUUAUAAAUUAUACCUAAGAUUCCCCCAACUAAAGUUAAGAAGAUAUUUGGGAAUGCAAACCCUGAAUAUAGUAAUUUAAAUUAUGAGAUGGUAAUGACUAAUUACUCAAUCAAUUGA